ACCAUAUAUUUUGUAAAACCAACAUGGCGGAACUAUUGCUUGAUUCAGAUAUCAGAAUCUGGGUAUUUUUACCCAUUGUUGUAAUAACCUUUUUAGUUGGAAUAAUUAGACAUUAUGUUACAAUUCUAUUAACCUCAGAGAAGAAGACGGAAAUCACUCAAGUGAAAGAUAGUCAUACCUUAAUAAGAAGUAGACUCUUGCGAGAAAAUGGAAAGUAUAUUCCUAAACAGUCUUUCCAGAUGCGGAAGGCUUUCCUGAAUGCAGAAGAUAAGGGGCUGAUUUUCAAGUUAAAGUCUGCAGAAAGGGAAACGCCAGCUAAAAACCCAAUGACCGACCCUAGCAUGAUGACCGACAUGUUGAAGGGUAACAUGACCAACAUGCUCCCCAUGAUUGUUAUUGGGGGCUGGAUCAACUGGGCCUUCUCCGGCUUCCUCACUACCAAGGUGCCAUUUCCGCUGACAUUCCGUUUCAAGCCGAUGUUGCAGAGAGGGGUGGAGUUGAUCUCGUUGGAUGCCUCCUGGGUGAGCUCAGCCUCCUGGUACUUCCUGAAUGUGUUUGGCCUGCGCAGCAUGUAUACCCUAAUACUGGGACAGGAUAAUGCUGCUGACCAGACCAAGGGCAUGCAGGAGCAGUUCUCAGGGCAGGGCAUGGCCGGCCCCCAGGACCCCCAGAAGGCGUUCAAGGAUGAGUGGGAGGCACUGGAGAUCACCAACCACGCCUGGGCCCUUGAGGGGGUUGAGGAGGAGGUCAUGGGUCAGGUCAUACCGCCCGAGACCAUCUACAUCAAGGAUAAAUUUGCUUAAUUAUUGUACAGGCUUUUAGCAUCAUUUUGAUGGUUGAGUGGUACAAGUUUUUAAUCUUUUCAUAGCCAAAAUGUCUAUGUUAUACCUCCAGAGACCAUCUAUAUCAAGGAUAAAUUUGCAUACUUGCUGGAGAAGCUGUUAGCAUCAUUUUUAAUGGUAGAAUAUGGAAGGUUUCUAUUGUCAUGAGUCAGGUCAUACCACUGGAGACCAUCUACAAUACGGAUAAAUAUGCAUAAUAAUGGUAGAGGGUUAAGCAUCAUUUUGAUAGUUGAGUGGUGAAAGUUUUCUAUUGUCUCUUCAAAGCAUAACAGUAAUGGGUCAGCUCAUACCACUGCAGACCAUCUAUAUCAAGGAUAAAUUUGCAUAAUUGCUGGAGAGGCUUUUAGCAUCAUUUUGAUGUUGAAUAUGUAAGGUUUUUAUUGUCUCUUCAAAGCAAAAAAGACCUAUCAGCAAAUUUGUGUGUGACAUGAAGGGUGAUAUGUUAGCUUCAAGAGAUAAUUAUAAGAAUGUUAUGCACAUAGUUUCCCACUCAACCCUUGAUAAGAUGUUAUGAACUUGUAUUGAUAAUUUGAUGUACAUUGUGAAGUAAUUCUUCUCUUUAAAGCUAUCGAGGUUUCAUCAACCUUGUGUAUCUGUAAAGAAAACUGAUGACCUUUUCUGGCUUUCAAUGAAUGAUGUUUAAAUCAAAGUUCAGUCAUUUGUUGCUCUACAGCUGUAUUUGCACUUGUACAUGUAUCUUAUGCGGAAAAAAUAUGUUCCUUAAUGUAUGUAACGGUACAUGAUAUUAGUGGGUAAAGGUUUAAAAACUCAUUUUGAUGUUGUAAAAACAUAUUGUAUGAAACUACAAAGCAUAGUUAUAUUUAUAACUUGUAUCAUUCUAGUAAAAGAUAGUACAUGUAGUCUGAACACCAUCUAUGUAUAUUACCAUCAUUGACCGUUUUCAUGUUUGUUUGUCAGGUAAAUAAACUAAAAUCAUAUUUAGUAUCUCCAUAUCUGUAGAUUAUUUCAUAAAAUAUAAAUGUGCAAUUUGUUAUUAAUUUAAACAGUUGAUCAUGUUGAUAAAUGUGUGUUAUUGCAUAUUUCAUCAAUCAUAUUUUUUAUGUUCCCAACGUGCAACAAAGACUAUGAAUUUGAUGUUAUUAUAGUAGCAUUUCAAUAAAUCUCUGCAUUAUUCAACUGUGUACCCGAGAGAAAUUUUUAAAUAUUAAAAAGUCAGCCACCAUUUAAUUAGUAAACUAAUCCCAAAACCCAAA